CCGGCAAAAUCAAAUCCCAUAAUAUAAAUUACUUUGGAGCGAAAGCACAUUCAACAAUCAAGCAAAAAAGAAGCCAUUCAAAGUCUGAGCACCAGAAAGUUGUGUGAAAAUAACCGGAAAAUGCUCUGUUCAAACAAACUACGGAAGAGAAUUGAGUGUUUGCGCUAUCCACAAUCCUCUCCGUGAAGAAGGGGGCGUUUCAAUUUGGAAUCUUAACCCAAAUCGAAAAUUACGUAUUUACGCCUCUUUUUGGCAUCUUUCGUCUAUAUUAAACCUCCAUCACCCACCAUUGUUGAGUAAAUCAGAAAGGCCACAUGCACUGAAGCUUCUGAGUUUAAGCUUACACUGAAAGAUUUUCCCUUGUUGGAACAUUUGAUCAUCCAAAGAACUUGAGUUUUUGUUCCUUGUUGUUGUUGCUGCUUCUGGUUUAGACUUGGUUUGACUGUUUCCUCGGAUUGAUCUGAAAAUCAGCUGAAGAGGUUAUUGUAAAUUAGAUGAAGAGAUGAUGAUGGAUUUGAGUUUUUGUUUUUUCGUUUGCUUUAGAGAUUCAUGCAAUUUGCCGUUGUAAUAGAUUGAUUGCUUGUUAAAACCAUUUGAAGAGGGUCAUUCAAAAUGGUGGAAGGAGAUGCUGUAAAGGCAGACAAAGCAGAGUUUUUAGAAUGUUGGCAGACAACAUGGAAGACACCUUACAUUAUGCGCCUUGCUCUGUCUGCUGGAAUCGGCGGUCUCCUUUUCGGAUACGACACCGGUGUGAUCUCUGGGGCUAUGCUCUACAUUCGAGAGGAUUUUGAAGUUGUUGACAGGAAAACAUGGCUACAGGAAACCAUUGUAAGUAUGGCUGUAGCAGGUGCAAUUGUGGGUGCUGCAAUUGGUGGCUGGAUGAACGAUAAAUUUGGUCGAAAAAAGUCGAUUCUAGUUGCCGAUGUCGUGUUCUUCCUUGGAGCUAUUGUCAUGGCUGUUGCUCCCUUUCCCGGGUUCAUUAUCGUUGGGAGACUUAUAGUAGGUUUUGGGGUUGGAAUGGCAUCCAUGACUGCUCCUCUUUACAUAUCAGAAGCUUCCCCUGCUAGGAUUAGGGGUGCUCUUGUCAGCACUAAUGGAUUGCUAAUCACUGGAGGACAAUUCCUUUCCUAUCUAAUCAACCUGGCUUUCACUAAGACCAAGUUAACAUGGCGUCUAAUGCUUGGAGUAGCAGGACUGCCAGCUUUGGUUCAGUUUGUUUUAAUGUUGUCACUGCCUGAGUCUCCUAGGUGGCUUUACAGACGGGACAGAGUAGAUGAAGCAAGAGGCAUACUGAAGAGGAUAUAUCCUUCUAAUCAAGUUGAUGAAGAGUUGAGAUUACUGCAUGAAUCUGUAGAAGCAGAAAAGGCAGAAGAAGGAGCAAUUGGAGAUGGAAGUAUAAUAGCCAAAGUUAAAGGAGCUUUGAACAGCCAAGUCGUCCGAAGAGGGCUUUACGCCGGGAUCAUUGUCCAAGUAGCACAGCAGUUCUGUGGUAUUAACACUGUCAUGUACUACAGUCCAACCAUCAUCCAGUUUGCUGGAUUUGCUUCUAAUACAACAGCCAUGGCGCUUUCUCUAGUUACUUCCUUUCUCAAUGCUGCUGGCACUGUUGUAAGCAUGAUCACGGUCGACAGAUAUGGGAGAAGAAGACUUAUGAUGAUCUCGAUGAUCGGAAUUAUCACUUGCCUUGUGGUGUUGGCCGGAGUGUUUUUCCAAUCUGCUAGCCAUGCUCCAGCCGUCAACGCCUUGGAAUCCACUCACUUUGGAAGUAACUCUACCUGUUCAGCCUAUAUCUCAGCUCCAGACGCAUCCUCAUGGAACUGCAUGUCAUGUCUAAAACAAAAUUGUGGAUUCUGUGCCAAUGGAGAUAGUGAGUAUCUUCCUGGAGCAUGCUUGGAUUUGACAAAGGCCGUAAGGGGCAAAUGUCGGUCGAACCACCGAGUAUGGUUCACAGAAGGCUGCCCGAGCAAAAUCGGCUUCUUGGCUGUGGUGGUGCUGGGGCUUUACAUCAUUUCAUAUGCACCAGGUAUGGGAACAGUACCAUGGGUGUUGAACUCUGAGAUUUACCCACUAAGAUACAGAGGAACUGGAGGAGGAAUUGCUGCAGUUUCAAAUUGGGUUUCAAAUCUGAUAGUGAGUCAGACAUUUUUGACAUUGGUGGAGGCUCUCGGGGCUGCUGGUACAUUCCUGCUGUUUGCAGGAUUCUCGUUACUUGGAUUGGUUGGUAUAUAUUUUUUAGUACCUGAAACUAAGGGAUUGCAGUUCGAAGAGGUUGAAGAGCUGCUCAAGCAAGGGAAGAAGCACAAGAGCAGCAAAGGCCAGAAGGAAGUGUUAGCACAAUGAUUCUUGUAUUUUGUUUUGUCUUUUAGGUAAAUCUUCAGCAGAAUUGACAUGAACUUGUAUUUAACUAAACUAAACUUCCUUGUGAAUAAGUUUUGGUAAGUUGGAAUAAAUUGUGCACGACAACAAUGCAUGAUUGACCAUUAUUUACUUCA